UGCACCUCCGUCGCCCAGUGAGAGACGCAAGGGCUGCCGGGAAGAUGGCGGGCGUGGGCCUGUCCGCGGCUGCUGUGGCUUGGGUCCCUUGUCGGAGCUGGGGCCGGGUCUUCGCCUGUCUCGAUCCCCACGGUAGCCUGGGCGCGCUACUGGCACAGAAGCCUCUGCGGGCGCCCUCUUGGCUCCCAGCUUGCAGAAAAAUGGCAUCACUUUCUUUCCUUAAUCGACCUGACCUUCCAAACCUGGCAUAUAAGAGUUUAAAAGGCAAAACACCAGGAAUUAUCUUCAUCCCUGGUUAUCUUUCUACUAUGAAUGGUACAAAAGCAUUGGCCAUUGAGGAAUUUUGCAAAUCUGUAGGUCACGCCUAUAUCAGGUUUGACUAUUCAGGAGUUGGAAAUUCAGAUGGUAACUUAAAAGACUGCACUGUGGGUAAAUGGAGAAAAGAUGUGCUUUCUAUACUUGAUGAUGUAGCCAAAGGACCGCAGAUUCUAAUUGGUUCUAGCCUUGGUGGAUGGCUUAUGCUUCAUGCUGCAGUUGCACGGCCAGAAAAGGUUGUGGCUCUUAUUGGUGUGGCUACAGCUACAGAUGCCCUAGUGACCCAGUUCCGUCAACUUCCUGUUGAGGUACAAAAGGAAGUUGAGAUGAAAGGUGUAUGGUCCAUGCCAUCAAAAUACAAUGAAGAAGGCUUUCAUCAUGUUCAGUACAGUUUCAUUAAGGAAGCAGAGCACCACUGCUUGUUACACAGCCCUAUUCCAGUGCACUGUCCUGUAAGAUUGCUCCAUGGCUUGAUGGAUGACAUCAUACCUUGGCAUACGUCCAUGCAGGUUGCUGAUCGACUACUUAGCACAGAUGUAGAUGUCAUCCUCAGGAAGCAUAGUGAUCACGAAAUGAAGGAAAAAGCAGACAUUCAACUUCUUGUUUACACAAUUGAUGACUUAAUUGAUAAGCUCUCAACCAUGCCACAAUAGAAGCACAUUUUCAAUUUGUAUGUAAUGUAUCCAGAAGAAAGUAUGUAUUUAAUAAUGUCUUUGCACAGGUAAUAGAAAUGAGAUGACAGUAUCUGCUACUAUGGCUGCUGUAGGGAAAAUUUUCUCCUUCCUGCUAUUUUUGAUAUUUAUUUCCAUUAAAAAUAUUUCCUUUUUUUUCUAAAGUCAGGACAUGUGUAUCUUACUCAUAUGUUAACUUUGUCAGCCUUUAAUUGUGUUCUCUCCUCUUUAGUAUUACAAUAAAGCUUUACUAUUUUC